AUGGCUCCGAAAUCAUUUAUUUGGAAAUUCUUUACCAAACUAUCCCAAGAAACGGCUCGGUGUAAUAUUUGUUCGAAAACUUUGAAAACUUCUGGCAACACAUCAAAUUUACAUAGUCAUUUAAAGCAAAAACAUGAUACCGUUUUUAAACAAUUGGAUCAAUCUACCGACGCAGCCGACGCUUCCAAAAGGAGAAAAAUGUCUUCAAUUGAGCAGCAGGUCCCAAAAGACAAAGAGAGGGCAAUUUCUCCAGUAUCCAGUGAGAGAUCAGACAGCAUUAACACAGUUACGGAGGGACCGGAGGGAUCAGUAGCAAAUUUUGAAGCCUCUUGCAGUAGUAGUGAUCCGAGUACAAGUUCGAAAUGUGCAGAAACUGUGUUAAAACUAAAACAGUCGAGGCAACCAUCAAUAACACAGGCCAUUCGACAAGUAUCUUCAUUCUCAGAAGGCGGAUCAAAAAAUACAAAAAUCACAGAAGCUAUUGUUAACUUCAUUGUACAGGACAAUCUACCUUUUAGUACAGUGGAGAGAAAAGGAUUUUUAAAUCUAAUGAAGGAGGUAGCACCACUGUACAAAGUACCCACUAGGAACUGCAUCAAGGACAGAAUCGACAAAAAGUUUGAGGUAUUGUCAGAAACCUUCAAAAGAUUAAUCGAAAGUGUAAAAUAUUUUACAAUUACAACGGAUAUUUGGACAGCAGACAUGCAAACAAAAAGUUUCAUGGGAGUUACUUUACAUUUUAUAAAAAAUUUAAAAAUGUGUUCUGCCACGUUAGGAGUUACUGAGCUAACAGAAGCGCACACGUCUGCGUACAUUGUUACUCAGUUGGAGACUAAUUUAAAUGAGUGGAAUAUUGGUACUGACCGAUUAGUUGCAGCUGUAACGGACAAUGGAGCCAAUAUGGUGAAAGCCUGUCAAGAUUUCCUUGGCAAAAGCAAACAUGUGCCAUGCUUUGCUCAUACAAUAAAUUUAGUUUGCGAACAGGCACUAAAAAAUACCCAAAAUUUGGAUAAAUUAAUAGAAAAAGUGCGGACUAUUGUUGUUUGGUUCAAGCGGAGUGUCCAUGCAAGCGACGAGCUAAGAAGAAUCCAACAGAAUAGGGGAACUCCAGAAGGGAACAUGUUGAAGAUGAUAUUAGAUGUGAAAACGCGUUGGAAUUCAACAUAUUACAUGCUGGAAAGAUUCCUGAAGCUUGCCCCACUUAUUGGAAAUAUUAUAUUAAGUAAUGUAAAUGCUCCAAAUAUGGUCAAUGCGUCAGACCUUGAAGAGCUGAAGCAAGUUUGCCAACUUUUGGUUCCGUUGGAACAAACAACCAAGGAAAUGAGUGGACAGAAUUACAUCACACUCAGUAAAGUAAUACCGAUGAUAAUGUGCUUGGUAACACAAUACGAACAUUUCAAUACAAGUGUUGGCCUCGCGGAAAAUUUAAAAAGUGCCAUAUUAAAAGAAUUGUAUCGAAGAUUUGGGUCGGCAGAGAAAUGUUUUUUAUUGGCAGCAUCUACAAUUCUAGACCCCAGGUUUAAAAAUAUCCAUUUCAAGGAUCCGCUUGCAUUAUCAAGCAUUAUUCGACACUUAAAAAGUGAAAUGAACAGUAUAGGAGGGGAAGAAUCUUCCUCUUCUUCUGAUAUUUCGCCACAGGUAGAAAAGCCUGAGCCAGUUUUUGAUUUAUGGGCACCACAUAAAAAUAUUGCAUAUACAAAAAAAACAAAAAGGAGAGGUGAAAAAUUUGAUGAAUUUACACAAUAUUUGUCAAUACCGGUAAGGAAUCUAAAAGAUAAUCCUUUAGAAAUAUGGGAGGAAAUGAAGCUUGUUUAUCCAAAUUUAUUUAAACUAGCUCAAAAAUACCUCGGGAUUUUGGCCACAUCUGUCCCUAGCGAAAGGCUCUUUUCAAAAGCUGGGGCAAUAGCCACUAAAAAUCGAAGCCGGCUAACGGGAAAAAGACUUUCCAAACUUUUAUUUUUAGAAUCCUUUUCUGAAAUGUAA